AUGAGCUACCCUCAUGACCAGCCCACGGCACCGGCGCCGCAACCCGUCAAACCCGUGGCUGCCGCCCCUCGGCCGAGACCUCGAUGCUCCCAGCCGAUGCCUUUUGACCCGGAGGAACUAUCUCAGAAGCUCGCCAAAGUCCUUGCCGAGCAGAAACUCCACGCCGAAAGGAGGAGGCGGGCCAGAGCAGAGGCCGCGGUCGCCGCCGCCACAUCAGUAUCUGCGGUCCCCGAGGUCCAGGACGCUCGGCCGCCGCACGCAAGCCUGGCCAGGGAGUACCUUGAUAUGGGUUCUGUCAAGCCCGGCCACUCCACCUCUAGACCUCGCGUUCAACCGCCUGCUCUGAAGCCCAGGAAGGAGACAGCAGAUCCAGGUUUCGCACGGCAAAAGUCCAAAACGUCCGACGGUGAUCACCGCGACUCCCAGACGAGCGGGAAGGAGUCGUCUCGGCGAAAGGGCUCUGACAGUGAGAGGCAUCACUUCGUCCCGCAGUUUGCUGCGGCGCAGUUCGCGCGCACAACAACGGCUGAGAACAUGUCGGAUAAUAAGGGCCUCGUCCGCAAGCUGUCAAGGACAGCUCUCAAGCUCGCUCAGGGCCAUCGCGAAAGACACCAGGAACGCGGCAACACCCAACGCGACCGGAUCCCGGAAAUCGCCGAGCUGGGCAAUGACCGCGCGAACUGCGACCGCAACCACCACAGGCACACAAUCGAGGGAUCCCUGGUUGCCGGCCGGGCCGCUGAGACCUACCGGGCCAAGACCGCCAGGCGGGUGAGCACGGGUGACCUCCUCAUGACCUGGGACUCUGGCGCCACGUCCCCGCACCCGUACGAUGAGGCCGAGUUGCCGGAACACGAUCCCUACGAGCACCGGGUGGAUUGGACGCAAAGCGAUGAGAUGCAGCCCCGCACAAAGACCAAGCCGUCGCUGCGCAAGGCCGACUCCAUCUGGGCGCUGAAGAACAAGCUCGGGGCCUUCACUAAGCACGGUCGGGAGGAGAACAGCUCCAGAGAGAACAGCCCGCCGUCUGACACGUUGAGAUCGCCCAAGAGCGGGUUCUUCGCUCGCUUCAAGGUCAAUCAUUGA